AUGGACAAAACACUAUGCGACAAAUUCGCAAAUUGCGUAAAUGAUCUACAGGAUUAUAUUUCCAUAUUUUCCAUAACCAACCCGGAUGACACAAUACACACAUUGGAAACCACUCGAAUGGAACUAAACUCAACAUGGGACCAGGUCAAAAGGGCUUAUGUGGAUUGUCGAGACCAUGUUCCGGAGAAGGAUGAAAAACCCAUUGAUAAAAACAAAUUGAGGAAACACUAUAUGGAGGCAAUGGACUCGUACAAAAAGGCGCUGAGCUCUAUAAACUUACAGAUUCAAACAACUCUGGACACACAGACACUAGAAAAAACCAAAAGGGAAUCAGAGAGGUCACAGAAAGACAAGGAAAUGGAUUUUACGCCGAUAUCUCGUCUGCCACCAUGUGAUACGGAUACCUUCAAAGGAGGAUAUAGCGAAUGGCCUACUUUUAGGGAUUUAUUUUCGGCAAUCUAUAUAAAGAAUUCAAAAUUAAGCAAGGUCGAAAAAUUAUUUCACUUGACCCAGAAGACCGCUGGAGAAGCAAGGGAAAUUAUCAGCAAUGUUCCGCUAACUAACGAUGGAUUUGAUUUAGCCUGGAAGAAUCUUAUUGAUCGCUACGAAAAUAAAAGGAUGCAAGUCAAUGAAUUGAUUAAGACCCUUUUUAAUUUGCCUAAUGUUUCAACUGACUCAAGUCAAACUAUACAGAAGCUGCAGCGCACUGUGAAUAGCUGCAUUCAGACUUUGGAGACCCUCGAUGUCGAUGCGAAAGGAUGGGAUCCUAUAUUAAUAUAUAUUUGUUCGACGAAAUUACCCAGAAAUUUCCUGGAGGAGUUCGAGAACUCUCUAACGGAUUGCAAACUUCUUCCAAAAUGGGAACAAUUUGAUGCUUUUUUGACAAACAAAUUCAAGACAAUGGAAUCGGUGGGGAACAUAAAACCGUCCACGUCAAAAAGCAGUCAAUCAAAACCAUCUGGGAACAACAAACCGAGAUUUUUUAACUCUUUUCAAACAAAUGUUUCGAAAAAUGGCAACAACUCUGGAGGAAAACAAACUCAUUACACUCAGCCUCAAUCAAAUAAGGCACCUAGUCCUCAACAAUGCCAAUUAUGCAAAGCCAAUCACUUCAUAAGGGAUUGCAACGAAUUCUUGAAAAAGAAUGUGAAUGAUCGAAUUCACUUGGUGAAAACUUCACACUUAUGCUACAAUUGCUUGUCAUCCAACCAUGGAGUAAAGGACUGCAAAAGUCGCUUUGGCUGUCGAACUUGUACGAUGAGACACCACACUUUGUUACACAAGGGAACGGAAACCCAAUCAACAAACACAUACCUAGCUCGAGUGGAAGCACAACCUAGUAACAGUGCUGCCACUCUUACAAAUCAAAUACAGUCCACUACGAAUCAAGAAUCAACUACUGUCACUACUUUGACCCUUCAGGAUACACACGUUGAGACUCAACAAUCUGGGGGAACUUUACUUUUUACGGCUAUCGUACAAAUUGAAGCCAAAGGACAACUUUACGAUGCCAGAGCACUCAUUGACUCUGGAUCACAAUCAACAUUUAUCUCGGAAAAAAUGAAGAACCUUUUGAAACUGCCAACUCGCAGCAACUUGAUCCAUGUAACAGGACUUAGUCAAUUUGUUUCGGAAACUUCAACGAAGUCUUGCUUAUUCACCAUGAGAUCCAAAUACGACCCUAGCUUUAAACUGGAGGUAUGGGCUCCAGUUUUACGAACGUUACCUUCGAAUCUGCCACCACAAAACUUAGAUAAAUCACAACUUAGAGACAUUACAUCAUUGGAAUUGGCUGACCCGAAAUUCUACAUCAGUCAACCCAUUGACUUACUUAUUGGAAUGGACAUAGGACCAUUAAUAUUCACAAUUGGAACACCAAUGAAGAUAUUUGGAUCAAUUUUGACACAGCAAACCAAAUUUGGAUGGAUUGUUGGAGGACCCAUACCAGGAAAUACAAUACAAAGGAAUCAAAUUUCAUUACUUAGCACCACAUCGAUUGAGAAG